UUUCUGGGUUCCAAAAUAAAACAAUUAGAUUUGUCAGUAUUCUUAUGAUGAGACCAGCAGCUCUAUUCCACAAUCAUCAUUAAAAACCAGCAUUACUGUGCAGAGCUGUAAGAAAAAGGGAGGAUUAUUUUUUCUUUUUUUGCCUUCAAGGGCGAAUUAGGUCCGCACCCCGCGGAAACGGACGCCGGAUCCGACGUGCUUGCUAUGCUCUGCAGAAUUAGGAUUAAAGUCUGCGUGGCACCAUCUUUUGGGAGAUGCCUACAAAAUGAGCUCUGGACAAGGUCAUGGAAAAAGGAAGAUGCUCGCACACCCUGGAUUUUUGGUGCAUGGGAGUGUUUGCAGUCACAAAAAUGGCGAGUUAAUGGUGCUAAUCAUUUUUUUGGGAGAGAGCGAGUGUCAUCUGUGUGUCUGUGCCAUUUGGCCCCUGCUGCUGUGGUCCGACAACAGGCUGUGGCUGAGAAAACAGAAGAGUUCAAACUGGUCUACAGGUUUCCGGGGAUUAAGUACUGCAGGAUGCUGUCUAGGCUGAAGCUGUUGCAGACUGCGACCACCAUGAUCAUGCUGCCACCCAUCAGCUACCUCUAUCUGCAAGACCAGGUUUCUCAGAAUAUCCUCUUGUAUACAACUGGCAUUGCACUCUUUGCUGGUGCAAUGUUGUAUGGUAUGAGCUACUUUUUCAGACGAAUUAUUGGAUUAAUCUACUUAAAUGAAACUGGCCGUACUGUCAGAGUGGCCCACUUGACGUUCUGGGGAAGACGGAAUGACAUUUAUUGUCCCAUAGAGACAGUGAUGACUUUGGAUGAAGUUGGAGAUAACAAGGGGGAGCUACUUCUCCAGUUCAAACGGUAUAAUAGUACAGAGAUUUUAUAUUUUACAAUUAAGUUUGGCCAGAUUGUAGACAGACAGAAGUUUACUCAAAUAUUUGGACAACUUGAGUGAUACAGCAGCUAUUUCAGUGAUUUUUCCAGUGAUUUUCCUUGUUGCAUGUUCAUUGUGCUUAUUCUGUGGAGUUUAGUUUACCAAACUGACGUACUUCAGUCAUUUUCCUAUGUGAAGCCUGCUGGUAAGUGCACUCAGUUAGAAAGUAGGAAUGGUAAGGAACAAUCCACUGGAUUAAUGUCUGCAGCUCGUUUAAGGAGUGAGAAGCAUCUCUUCCAUGUUGGGUACAGCAGUGUGUGUGGUGUGCUGUCACCAGCACCUCUAAGUCUGAACUGUCCUGCUUGGAACAUGCAGCUGGAGGCUGAACUGCUGCUGCUGACCCUGACUGUUCCUGCUGGCCUCUUAGAUUGUUUUUAAAUGGGAAAAACUCUUGGAAAUGAAACACAGUAACUCUGCCAGAGCAUCCUCACUUAAUAAUUCAUUGUUUCUCUUAGUGAAUUUUAGGUUGACUGGGAAGCCUCUUGAAAUUAAAACUUGUCUCAUACAUACAUAUGAUAAAUAGUGCUGGAUAUCAGAGAGAUACACGCUCAGGCAUUAAUGAAGCGGAGGUAACUGGGAGGAGCGGCACAGAAUGCUGUGUAAGGUGCAUGGGGUCUCUUGGCAAGGUCUUCCAGGAUGUGAAUGUAACUGGGCAGAACAAAGGCGCAUGUCGCAAGCCGUGUUGACAGUUCAGCUGUGAGGGUGACCUACAGAUGGGGACAGCAUCUCAGGAGCCUCUCACAGACAUUGCUUUCCCAUUGUAAUAAAGGAAAACAUACCUAAACGAUGAUGCUGUGUAUUACGGGACAGUCUCUGAUCCUUUGCUCAGUUUGGAUCCUAAUGAUCACCUGAAAAUCUGGAAGUACUUGUCCUUCUUUGUAUAUAUUCAUGUUUGUGUGUGUUUUGUAUGCGUGAAUGACAUUUAAUCAAUGCUGUAACACUUGAGAGGCAAAAACUUCAGUAAACAUUGCCAAAAUUAUCUUGGGCUAUGUGAAUUCAGCAGCAUUGUGUGACCAUGGUGCAUGGGAAAUGAGUCAUCUGUAUCCCUUGCUGUGUUUGCCCGUUUGGGUGUAUUUUACCAUCAAAAGCUCUCUUGCCAAAUACCCUUUUCAGUCCCUACUACCCCAAUCUGGGUUUACCUAAAAUGAAAAGAAAAAAGGUAUGGCACCUAAAAAAUGUGUAUUUUGUGUGGUGUUGAACUUGCAGAGCUGUCACCUCAGCACCUGUGUCUGUGAAGGACAGUGGUCUUGUUCUGUGGUGGUAGUAUGAUUCCUCCUGUUCCAAACCCAAAACCUCAACAGGAAGGAGGAGCAGGAUUUAAACCUGAGACAGAAUCAAACCUCAUCACAUGUAACAUGUAACUUUUUUUGAGUCGUCAGAAGCAAGUUAAUUCCUUACAUGGCUCUUCUGGCUGUUAUUUUAUGUGAAACAAUGACAAAUAAACCGACCCUGACCAAC